GCCGGCGUUACGUGUGAUCACAACGGCAACGUCGUCGAACUCGACCUCAACGGCCUCGCCCUCCGCGGCGAGCUGCCCAGCUCGAUCGCCGACCUAACCUCCCUUGAGAGGCUGGCCAUCUCCAACAACCAGCUCAGCGGCCAGCUGCCGCCCGCCAUCUUCUCGUCGCCAGUGCUCAAGCGGCUCGACGUGACCCACAACCACUUCUCGGGGCCCAUCCCGUGCCCCGCAGACGACAGUCCGCUGCGCCAGCUCGACCUCUCUCAGAACGAAUUCGCCGUCGGCUUGCCGGGCUGCCUGUUUGUCGCCGCGCCGCGGCUGGAGCGGCUGGCGAUCAACUACCUCUCUCUCAACUCGGAGCUGCCCGCUGAAAUCAAGGAGGCGACGGCUCUGAAGGAGCUGCUCGCCGACCAUGCCGGUCUCACGGGCCGGUUGCCUGGCGAAAUGCACUGUCUCAAGCGCCUCACGCGCCUCUCCCUCGAGCGGAACCACCUCAGCGGCCCCUUUCCGCAGUGGGCCGUGGACGGGAUGAGCUCGUUGCGCGAGCUGCGCCUCUCCUUCAACGGCUUCAGCGGGCCGCUCCCGACCUUCCCCGCGUCGCUGCCGCUCGAACGCGUGUACCUCGAUCAUAACCGCUUCUCAGGCGCCUUU